AUGCAAGCCGAAGUCGACCCAACCCAAGACACUGAGUUCCACGACGCCCUUCGAGCGCACGGAAUCAUCCCUCCAAAACCACCUUCCCGCUCACCCUCGCCCGAACUCCCCACCGCCAACGAACUCCGCACAUCCUUCCUCAAACAAGCCGCUGUCGAAGACCUCGAUGUCGAAUUAGAAGGCAAAAUCGAUGAUGAGGAAGAGAAACUCCUAGAGAAAAUCCGACGUCAACGAAUGUCCCAGCUCCGAACUGAAACCAAGAAAGCUCGUUUCGGUCGAGUCUACCCUAUCUCCAGACCAGAUUAUACACGAGAAGUUACCGAAGCAAGCAAGAUCGAUCCCGACGCCAACCCCGACUCUCAACCGCAAAUCGAGCAAGAGGAGCGCAACAGCAAUGGGACCUCAGCGACAGAUAAGCAAAGGCACGGAGGCACCGGCGUAGUGUGUUUCCUCUACAAAGAUGGGAUUGAUACAUGCCGCUUACUCGCCGGCUACCUCGAUACUUUGGCUGCCAAAUACCCAGCGACGAAGUUUGUCAGUAUUGUUGGUGAUCAAUGCAUUCCAAAUUACCCAGAUCGUAAUUUGCCGACGUUGCUGAUUUAUAGGAACGGAGAGUUGCAUAGGCAAAUCGUGGGGUUGAGGCCAGAGAUUGGACUCGAUGGAAUGAAGACCAAGUGUGAGGAUAUCGAGUUGUUGUUGACUGCGGUGGGGGCCAUUGAGCGGUCCAAGGUCCCGGGCGCUCCGACGCAUGCGGGUACUCAGAGAUCGGAUACGAUUGAGGAAGCUGACGAGGAGGAAGAAGAGGAGGAGGAGAAUGGGGGGAAGAGACAGAGGAGUAUCAGACAAAAGACCCAGGAGGAAUUGGAUGAUGAAUUGGAUUGGGAUUUGUAA